GUGCCACUGGGGUGGAACAAGCUAUUCAUUUACAUAACAAGUGCAGAAAAUGGGGAAAAACAAUCAGCAAAUUGGGGAAAGCAUCAGUGCAAAAUGGAGUGUGUCAUUGGGAAGACUCUAUUUUCCACUCCAUUUGGAUUUCUCAACACACUAAUAAUCAUCUCAUUAAGCUUGUUGUCGCCAUGGGAUCAGUGAGGUUUGGAACCCUUGGAGAGGCCACCAUUGAUUUGGCAAGUUACAUCAAAUCAGAAACUUCCACUCUAUCAUUGCCUUUGAAACAUUGUUACCACGACACAAUCUUACAAGUUCAGAUUCAGUGUUUGUCACCAGCAAGAAAUAUCAGAGAAGAGCAUUUGGACGACGAAAAUUCAUAUGUGGAGGAAAUGAAUGUUGACUAUGAUGAUCUAGACGAUAAAUCAGAUGCAUCUGAUAGUACCGCAUUCAACAAUAAUGUUAGACCGUCACAUUGUAACCAAUUGCACAACACAAGUCAUCCUGCAGAACUUUGCAGUAAUGAAACAAGUCUACUUGCAUCAGGUUCUUCUUCAUCAGGAAACCAACAAGAAAAUCACUCUAAUAAUGGCAACUACUCAGCAUCAGGAGCCAUCAAUUCAGACAUGAAACUUCAAGAACAAAUCAACGACUUUGGGCAGCAAGUUUCACACCGCCAGCAUGCAACAUUGGCGAAAAGUCUUGGAUCAUCUACAGAUCUUUUGGAUGCUGCUGAGGUCACAAUCAAUUUACUUAAUGCAGAAGCCAAAAUGUGGGAGACAAAUGCUAGGAAGUUGUUAAAUGAUGUGGGAUUGCAGAAAGACUUGUGCAGCAAUUCAGACAAGGAGAAAGAGCUUGAAAUGGAGUUAUCAGCAUUGCAGAAAGGAUGUUAUGGGUUGAAGGAGGAAAUUGAAGAACUAAAAACUAUGGUGGAGGAAUCAUCAAUGGCAAAACAGAAUGACAGUGAAAACUUGAAGUUUCAGGCUGAAGAGAUGGGGAAAAUCAUAAAGGAGUUGAAAGAUGAGAUAGAGUAUCAUAAAGGACUAAACAACGACUUUGAAUUGCAGCUCAAGAAAGCACUAAAGUCCAACAUUGAUCUUGUCUCUAUUCUUCAGGAGCUAGAAAAGACAAUAGAAAAGCAAAAAAUGGAGAUUAUUGAUCUCCAUGGGCAUGAUGACAGUGAGGAAUAUGACUUUCAUUUGAAGAAGCCAGUUUUACCAGGAAAAAUGAGGAUGGAUUCUUCUGAUUCAGAUCUUGAUAUGUCUAGUUCUAAAUUUCCAAUAAAGUGCCUCUAUGAAGGUAUUGAACUAAAGGAAUUCUGGAGCUUAGAGCUGCAAGAGAAAAUAAAGAACAUGGAAAGUACCGUCAGAUUUCUGGAGAAAAGUCUAGCAGAAAAAGAUGAAGAGAUGCUUAAGGAAAGAGGUUUGAUGUCCAAAAUUUUAGAGGAAAAUGAAGCGAAAUGGAAGCAUAAGCUAUUUGAGAAAGAACAAGAGAUUAUCACCAUUGAAAAGAAGCUAUAUGAAGUCCGAGAUGUUGGAAACAUGCAUUGUUUGGAGCUAGACUUUCAGCUUGAAAGCUGGAAGGAAUUUUGCUCAUAUCUUGAAGAUGAACUCAGCAGAACAAGAGCCCAUUUGAAAAUGAAGGAACUUGCCAAUGCUGCCUUAGAAAAAAGUUACAAACGUUGUACAAAUUUCUUGACAGCUGAAGUACCUAGUGAAAGUGACAUGUACAAUGCCCCAGUUCCUGAGGUGAUAGCAAUGAAGAAACAAAAGGAAGAAGACAAUUUGAAAGUUGUUUUGAUGUGA